CCGCCAUAUUGGCUCCGCUGGCCGCCGCGGCCGAGAGGGCGGCGCUGCUCCUCUGGACGUGGUUUCCCUCCCCGGGAGAAAGGGUCCUCGGAGUGUGAAGGGGAGGGAGAGGAGAUGGCGGCCUUGGUGCGAGAAGAUGGCGCUCGAGGCCCAGAGCAAGGACGGCGGGGCUGCGAACAUUAUGACCGAGGAUGUCUCCUGAAGGCACCUUGCUGUGACAAGUUGUAUACUUGCCGGUUGUGUCAUGAUAACAAGGAAGAUCAUCAGCUAGAUCGCUUUAAAGUAAAGGAAGUACAGUGCAUAAAUUGUGAAAAAAUUCAAAAUGCCCAACAGACUUGUGAAGAGUGUAGCACAUUGUUUGGAGAAUAUUAUUGCAGUAUAUGCCAUCUGUUUGACAAAGACAAGAAGCAGUAUCAUUGUGAAAACUGUGGAAUUUGUAGGAUUGGUCCAAAGGAAGAUUUUUUCCACUGUUUGAAAUGUAACUUAUGCCUAGCUAUGAAUCUCCAAGGAAAGCACAAGUGUAUUGAAAAUGUUUCCCGGCAGAAUUGUCCAAUAUGUUUGGAGGACAUUCACACAUCUCGUGUUGUUGCCCAUGUCUUGCCAUGUGGACAUCUUUUACAUAGAACAUGUUAUGAAGAAAUGUUGAAAGAAGGCUACAGAUGUCCAUUAUGUAUGCACUCUGCUUUAGAUAUGACGAGGUACUGGAGACAGCUGGAUGAUGAGGUAGCACAGACUCCUAUGCCAUCUGAAUAUCAGAAUAUGACUGUAGAUAUUCUCUGCAAUGAUUGCAAUGGAAGAUCUACAGUCCAGUUCCAUAUAUUAGGCAUGAAGUGUAAUAUUUGUGAAUCCUACAAUACUGCUCAGGCUGGAGGUUGUAGAAUUUCACUAGAUCAGCAGUGACCAGCAUAUACUGCACUGGAAAACUCAGCAUUUUCUGAUAGAAAAAGCUAUCUUUAGUAUCCUAUUGUCAUAAUGUGUCAGAACCUAUGCAUUAGAGUUGAUGUGUUUUGUACUAGUGUCACAGCAUAAAGUCAUUUACAAAUACUUAAGGAUUCAGGGUCUCUUUAUAGAAUUAUCAUAUCUAUAUUUAAUGAAAGUCACUACACCUGUGUUUUGAUUGAAAAUGCCUUUACUGUCAGUUGUUUGGAAGCCAAUGAUGUUUGCCACUGAACCUUACAUCCAUAGAAAUAUGUUAUACUUUCAUGGAACUUUGCUUUAAGUGGCACUCUGCAUGCAGAAUUCAUUUCCAGUUUGACAGAACUGUAAUUAAUUCUAAGUAUUCUUGACUUUUUAAGGGCUGUACUAUAAUAAGAAUAUGGUCUAUCUUACUGUUAAAAUCUAAUUCCAUGUGCUUUAGAAAUUUCUAAGACAGUCCUUUGGAUCUUGUAAAUGUGAAUUUUGACAUAAUAACUGCUAAUAAAAUUAUAUUGAAACAUU